AUGGCCGCCAACUUUUUCGCUGCAAGAGCACCGUCCAACAAGAACAAUGCUGCUGCUGCUAAACAUGUCGUGAACCCCGCAAACCAGCCUUGGGUGGAGAAAUAUCGACCAAAGACUAUCAAUGAAAUUUCAGCACAGGAACACACAACUUCUGUCCUUUCAAGGACACUGACUUCUGCAAAUCUUCCCCAUAUGUUGUUCUACGGUCCUCCAGGAACAGGAAAGACAUCCACAAUCCUCGCUCUCGCCCGUGAACUCUUCGGCCCAGACAACUUCCGCAACCGCGUUCUCGAACUCAACGCCUCAGACGAACGCGGUAUCUCCAUCGUCCGCGACAAAAUCAAAAACUUUGCCCGCCAAACACCCCGCGCCCAGCAGGCCGUCUCGUCAGACGGCAAAACCUACCCCUGCCCACCGUACAAAAUCAUCAUUCUCGACGAGGCAGACUCUAUGACACAGGACGCUCAAGGCGCCUUGCGGAGGAUCAUGGAGACAUACGCUAAGAUUACGCGGUUCUGUCUUGUUUGCAACUACGUUACACGGAUAAUCGAACCCCUCGCAUCCCGCUGCUCAAAAUUCCGCUUCACACCUCUCGACCCAGACUCAGCCUCCGCCCGCCUCUCCUACAUCGCCCAAGCCGAAAACAUCGACAUCUCUAAACCAGUCAUCGAUGCCCUCAUCUCUACCUCGCACGGUGACCUCCGACGAGCAAUCACUUACCUCCAAUCAGCAGCACGUCUAGCCGGUUCAUCCGACCCUCCUACACCUAUUCUUCCAAGAGAUAUACAAGAGAUUGCGGGUGUGGUACCGGAUGGAGUUGUUAAUGACUUUGCAAGCACGUUGGGUGUGCCGGUAGAGGAUGAAGGGAUGGAAGUGGACGGACAGACGUCGAGGAAGGCUACCAACUUUUCAGGUAUCCAGAAGAAAGUGAAAGAGUUGAUGAGAGAGGGAUACUCUGCAACACAGAUCCUAUCUCAGCUACACGACCUCAUAAUGUUACACCCAGAACUAAACGGCCUUAAAAAGUCGAAAUGCGCACUUGCGUUCGCAGAAGCAGAUAAAGCUUUAUGCGACGGUGCUGACGAGGAGCUAUGGGUGCUAGAGGUUGGCCUCAAGAUUCACAAAGCCGUAAACGCGCCAUAA